AACUUUAUUUUUCGUCCAUCAUCACCUUUUUUUUCUUGCAAAAAACCCUAAUUUCACCAACUCUCUCAAGAAAUUUUGAAAGCACAAUAAAAAUUAGCAAUACAUAUUUUCUUUCCAUUUUCAUAAAAUUAUUUUGUAUUUUUAAGCUCUGUUCUUUCUUUUGCAGUAACAGAGUAUCAGUUAGUCAUUAGGUUUCCAGUGCACAUGGUCAGAUGAUCUUUCUGUAGAUACAAAUAAGUCUAGCAUUUGCAGAUUUCUGAGUUUGUACUUUUCUUGGUAUUUUUUGCUUGUUAUAUAUAUAUGUAUAUAUAUAUUAGCAUUUGAAAAAAGAUUGUAUUUUUAUUAUAUUUGUUAUUAUGGGGUUUUGAGUUCUUGAAAAACAAAUAUAUUUUUGCUGUUUUGGGAGCUUAUGUUAUUCGGAGUUGUCUUCAGGGUUUAAGGGGUUUUGAGUUCUUGAAAAAAAACAACCAUUUUUUGCUGUUUUGGGGGAUUAAGUUAUUUGGUGUUUUCUUCAGGGUUUAAGGGGUUUUGAGUUCUUGAAAACAAAAAUCUUUUUACUAUUUUUGGGGCUUGAGUUAUUUGGGGAUUAAGGGGUUUUGGUUGUUUUAUUAUUGUGUAUAUGCAUGGAGGAGAAAGAAGGAGUUAAUGGUUCAGGGGUUACAGUUAAAGGUGAUGAAGCUCCAGAGAGCUACAGAGUGGCUCCCAGGAGUGAAAGUAAUAAUAUUGAGUUUAGUGGAUCAAUUGUAGCAACAACACCUGUAAAUGUGACAGAAGAGACGAAGAAGAAGAGGGGUAGACCUAGGAAAUAUGGACCAGAUGGUAAACCAGCAGUUGCAUUAUCACCAAUGCCAAUAUCAGCUUCAAUUCCUCUUGCUGGAGAUUUUUCAGCUUGGAAAAACAGCGGAAGUCGCCCCGUUGAUUCCUUUAAGAAGAAGAAUAAGUUUGAGGUUGGAACUCCAGGGGAGGGGAUGGCAUACUCUGUCGGUGCAAGUGCAAAUUUUACACCGCAUGUGAUCACUGUUAAUGCUGGGGAGGAUGUGAACAUGAAAAUAAUUUCAUUUGCUCAACAAGGAUCUAGAGCUAUUUGUGUGCUGGCUGCAAAUGGUGCAAUUUCAAAUGUUACACUCCGUCAGCCUAAUUCUUCUGGUGGUACCUUGACCUACGAGGGUCAUUUUGAAAUUCUCUCUCUGACAGGAUCAUUCAUGCCUAGUGAUAAUGGAGUAACAAAAAGCAGAUCUGGUGGGAUGAGUGUCUCUCUUUCAGGACCUGAUGGUCGGGUUAUGGGAGGAGGACUUGCCGGCAUGUUGGUAGCUGCUGGUCCCAUUCAGAUUGUGGUUGGUAGCUUUCUACCUGGUCAACAGCUGGAGCAGAAGCCAAAGAAGCAAAGAGUCGAGCGUGCUGCUAUUCCUGCCCCUCCCAUUUCUGAAGAACGAACUGACGUUGCUUCCUCUGGACCAAGUCCCAAAGUUGCUGCUUCGAUUUCCUUUCCUGGGGAUAACUUGAUCACUACAAAUUCUAUAUACAGCUCAAGAAUCUCAGCGUCACAAAACAACAUAUCUUUGCCUGGAAUGGAAUCUAAAGAGCAGAGCCUGUCAUCCUGAUUGAACUGAUCGUUGCAACCUUAUUGCUAAUUGUUAGCCUCAUGAUCCCUUUAUCUGAUGAAUAUUAAGUAAUUGACUUUGAUAGGAUUUAGUAGGGCAUAAUUUGUGUUUAGCUUAACCUAGAAGUGCUUCACUCUUGUUAUAGGUGCCACAAGAUAGGAAUUUUCUACCAGUAGGAGCUGUUAUGAAUUAUCACAUUUUUUCUGAUUGACUUGAAUCUUAAUGCUGAUGUACCACUAAGUCUUUGGAGUAAAUUGCAGAAUCUCAUUCUAUCA